CAAAUGUUGUCACCACAACCAGUCACACUUCUCUCCUCCUCCUCCUCCUCCUCCUCCUCCUCCUCCUCCUCCUCCAACUACACCUCUUUCUCUUCCACUCCUUACUUCAUCCCUCUCUCCCUGUCUGCCUGACACAAGUUUCACAUAUCCCAGGAGGAUAAGAUGCCAUGGAGGCCACAGGAGGGACAGCGCUUUAUGUCUGCUCUGCUCUCUUCUUCUUUCUAACAGAGGUCAGCACCGAGUACAUCCAUAUCCCCACUUUAGUCCAUCAUGGUAUUGAAGGGAGGUCCCUGCUCCUGUCUGUUGAGACCCACUUCUCCAUGGAUGAAGUGGAGAUCCAGGGAACUUGGUCCCACACUAGGCCGAGUGGCACCAGAGCAACGUUGGUGACAUUCACCAAAGAGUCCACGAUCACCCACAUGAUGUACCGGAACCACCUCCUAUUUAGAAACCCUAACGUUUCGUUGCUUAUCCGGAAAUUAAACCCGGAUGAUGAGGGGGAUUACACACUGGACCUCAACAUUGAGUUCCAUAAUAAGACAGGACUGGUCAUCAAGGAGAAGACUGUGCAUGUAACAGUUGAUGUUCCUAUUUCAUCUCCAGUCAUUGAGAAGAACCCGUCGUAUGCUGUGAUUGAGGACAAGGCGAAUGCAACCUUGUCUUGUUCUGUCGAGAGAGGAACAAGAGUUGUUUUCCAGUGGCUAAGGGACAAUGUUGCACUUAGUCCCAAUGACAGAUACCACUUCUCCCAAGAAAACUCCACGCUGUUUAUUAGUCCUGUAAGAAAAGAGGACAAAGGAACGUACCGCUGUGUGGCCAGCAAUCCUGUGAGCCCGGGUCGUCACAGCAGGGCCGUGGAACUCAAUGUCUAUUAUGGCCCCUACAACCUGGAGGUGAACUCGGGCCAGGGCCUGCGGACAGGAGAAGUGUUCACCAUCAACCCUGGGGAGCUGGUCUUCUUCGAAUGCCAGGCUGAUUCUAACCCACCAAACAGCUACGUCUGGAUUUCUAAGAGCCGCAACACCACUCAGGUCAUCACGGAGGGCCCACGGCUAGAGGUGCGCUCCUACAGACUUGCCCAGGCUGAGGAGUACCUGUGCCGAGCCUUCAACAACGUGACGCAGAAGCAGGACGAGGCCCAGUUUACUCUGGUGGUGGCCAGCUUAGGGCCAGGAAAAGAGAAACACACCCAGGACGGCAGCUCUGUUUCCCCUCUGGUGGCCAUCACUGUCUGCUCUUUUUUCAUCAUCGGCUUGAUGCUGCUGUUCUUCCUCAGGAGGACCUGCCAUCCAAAGAGAGUUCUUAUCAAUAUCUACAAAAGGCCGCUUUCGGAACAGAAACGACCACAUCGUUCAGGUCACGAGGAUGCAACUGAAGACUUUGGUAUCUAUGAGUUUGUGUCCAUACCCGGGAAAAUGGAAUCUGCACAGGAUUCAUGCAGAUCUCUGGCUCGUCUUGAGUCGGUUCAGGAUAUGCACACCACCAUCUACGAUGUAAUCAGACAUGUACCUGAAACCCCGACUCACAGUUUGCUGAAGUAACUUGUGCUUUGGCGUUACUUGCAGUCAUUCCACUUGAAGACUCUUUUGUAGCCUUAUCCUCUUAAAUCUCUGCUCUGAAAGCCUGAAACUGGAUGUGAGGGCCCAUUUUUUUGCACAACGGAUGAGAGAGACUUGUGACCUGAUCGUGCACUGUUAUUGUCCACACUUUAGGACAGAUUUUUCAUGUGUUUUGUUGACAUUGUGAGAUGAAAGUGUGUGAAUGAGUUGAAGUUUGCCUUUUUCUGUGAAUAUGUAACUGAGCUCAAAUUGUUCUUCCUUUUUAUUUAUUUAUUAAAAAAAUGAAGAUUACUGCAAUCUUAUGAACCUAGCAAAAUAGCAAUGGCUAAUAUUACAUCAUUUCUGAGAUUUUGAGACGUACUUGCAAAGUGCUCUAACUCCACUUAGAUUGAUUAAUAUUUAAAACAUAUUUAAUUUUGAUAAUUAAGAUUUUAAUAAUAUGAAUUUUAUUUGUAAUUUAACAUUUCCACCAAGGAGAGUCUGUUUUGUGAGAUGAAAGGUGUUAUAAUGAAUGCAUUUUCUUGUAUGAAAUAUAUGUACAUACGUGUAUGUAAAUAUUGUACAUUGAUCAUACUGCAGAUUCUCUAUACUUAAUGUUCCAUUCCUGUUUGUCUGAAUCUAUUUAUUCCUAUUGAACACUUACCUUUUUCCUCACAAAUGUAGCAUUUCCUCCGCUCAUCAUGGAUAUAAUGAAAUGCUGAAAAAAGGAAAAUAAUUAUUGAUUCUGUACAGUUUGCAUCGAUAUGUAUGUUUUGUACUUUAUUAAAAUAGAA